AGCGCCGUCUCUGAUUGGCUGAAGCUGACAGAAGAGGCGUGUCUUUCCAGUAGUUAGGCGGAGUUUUGUGCCGCAAUACUAUGUGGUUGUUUCAGAGAGCGCUGUUGAUUGGGGCGCUGGGCAGCAAGAGCUUCACUAGAGCCAUGUGUGCCCAAGCCAAUGACUGGCAGUCGGCCAAAUCCAUAUACGAUUUCUCAGCCAAAGACAUUGAUGGAAAUGAAGUGUCUCUGGAGAAAUACAGGGGUUACGUGUGCAUCAUCACUAACGUAGCCUCCAAGUGAGGGAAGACUCCUGUAAACUACACUCAGUUUGCGGCAAUGCACGCCACGUACGCUGAGAAAGGUUUACGGAUCCUGGGCUUCCCCUGCAACCAGUUCGGAAAGCAGGAGCCUGGAACCGAGGCGGAGAUCAAGGAGUUUGCCAAAGGCUACAAUGCAGAGUUCGACCUCUUCAGUAAGAUCGAGGUGAACGGCGACGGGGCCCAUCCUCUCUGGAAAUGGAUGAAAGACCAGCCCAAAGGCAAGGGGACUCUGGGAAACAACAUCAAAUGGAAUUUCACUAAGUUCCUCAUUGACAAAGAAGGUCAGGUUGUGAAGAGGUACGGACCGAUGGACGAUCCCAGCGUUGUUGAAAAGGAUCUCCCCAAGUACCUGUAGCCAUUUGGAUCAAAUCCGAUCUCCGUCCAUGUGUCUCACAUGCGCUUGUCUCCUCUCUGGCCGAUGACUGGACAUUGGCAGGGUGUCGCCCAGAUCUGUGACGGCCGUUCCUCAAGCCUGUGUUCAGGUAGGGACGGCCUGAUGUCCUCUGGCGUGCAAAUUCUCUGGGAACAACCCUCCGAUGUCCAGACGUGUCACCAGAGAGGAGAUCAAUGGCUGCAUGCACUGAAAAUCAAACUCAUGUACCUAAAGAACAUUUUCUAACGAGCGGUGAUGAUAAUUAAACAGUAGUGUCAGAA